CCCCGGAGCAGGGUGACCAUGGCCGGAGCCUCGGUGACCGUGGCCGUCCGGGUCCGGCCCUUCAACGCCCGCGAGACCCAGCGGCAGGCCAAGUGCGUGAUCCAGAUGUGCGGCAACACCACGUGCAUCACCAACCCCAAACUCCCCAAUGACAGCACCAAGAGCUUCACCUUCGACUACUCCUUCUGGUCCCACACCUCGGAGGAGGACCCGCACUUCGCCUCUCAGCACCGCGUGUACGAGGCCAUCGGGGCAGAGCUGCUGCUCCACGCCUUCCGCGGCUACAACGUCUGCGUGCUGGCCUACGGGCAGACCGGCGCCGGCAAGUCCUACACCAUGAUGGGCCGAGCGGAGCCGGGCCAGCGCGGCCUCAUCCCGCAGUUCUGUGAGGAUCUGUUCGCCCGCGUCGCAAAGGAGGGGUCCCCCGAGGUGUCCUUCUCAGUGGAGGUCAGUUACAUGGAGAUCUAUUGCGAACGGGUGCGGGACCUGCUCACCCCGCGCGGGAGGGGGGGGCUGCGGGUGCGCGAGCACCCCCUGCUGGGCCCCUACGUGCAGGACCUGUCGCGACUGGCGGUGACGUCCCUCGGCGACAUCGCCGAGCUGCUGGACAGCGGCAACAAGGCGCGCACGGUGGCGGCCACGGCCAUGAACGCCUCGAGCAGCCGGUCCCAUGCGGUGCUGAGCAUCGUCCUGAGCCAGCGGCGCCGCGACCCGCUCAGCCAGCUCUGCAGCGAGAAGGUCAGCCGCAUCAGCCUGGUGGACCUGGCUGGCAGCGAACGCGCCGACCACGCCGGGACCUCGGGGAUGCGCCUCAAGGAGGGUGCCAACAUCAACAAGUCCCUGACCACGCUGGGCAAAGUCAUCUCCGCCCUGGCCGAGGCGCAAAACAAGAAGAAGAAGCCGGAUUUCAUCCCCUACCGGGACUCGGUGCUGACCUGGCUGCUGAAGGAGAACCUGGGAGGCAAUUCCCGCACUGCCAUGAUCGCGGCGCUGAGCCCGGCUGACAUCAACUAUGAGGAGACGCUGAGCACGCUGCGGUACGCGGACCGGACGCGGCACAUCCGGUGCCACGCGGUGGUGAACGAGGACCCGAACGCGCGCCUCAUCCGCGAGCUGCGGCGGGAGGUGGCGCGGCUGCGGGAACUGCUCCGCGCCCAGGGCCCCCCCCCCCGCGCCGGGCCCGACCACGAGGCCCCCGCUGAACCCCCCCCUGCCGAGCCCCCCCCUCCCACCGCCGUCAAUGGGGCCACGGAGCCGUUGCCCCCCCUCAGCGCUGCGGAGGCGAUGGAGAGGCUGCAGGAAACAGAGAAGAUCAUCGCGGAGCUGAACGAGACCUGGGAGCAGAAGCUGCGUCGGACGGAGGCGCUGCGGCUGGAGCGGGAGGCGCUGUUGGCCGAGAUGGGCGUCGCACUGCGGGAGGACGGCGGCACCGUUGGGGUCUUCACCCCUAAAAAGGCGAGUCCCGGAGAGGGGGGCACCCCCAACCCACCCCCCCCUCCGCUAUGGGGCAACCCCCCCUGUGACCCCCAAAAGCUCAUUUUUGGGGUUCCCCCCCCCGUAAAGACCCCGCAUUUGGUGAACCUCAAUGAGGACCCCCUGAUGUCCGAGUGCCUCCUGUACCACAUCAAGGACGGGGUCACCAGAGUGGGUCGAGUGAACGUGGACAUCAAGCUCUCAGGACCCCUCAUUGAGGAGCAGCAUUGCCUGUUCCGCAGCCAGCCCGGCCCCACAGGUGAAGUGGUGGUGACGCUGGAGCCGUGUGAAGGAGCCGAGACCUACGUCAACGGGCAGCGGGUGACGGAGCCCAUGGUGCUCCAAUCGGGAAGCCGCCUGGUGCUGGGCCAGAGCCACGUCUUCCGCUUCACGCACCCGGAGCAGGCGCGGCGCCAGCGGGAGCAGGACCGGGACCGGGGGCGGGAGCGGGAGCGGAACCGGGGCCCCCCUGAGACCCCCCCAGACUGGAGCCAGGCGCAGCGGGAGCUGCUGGAGCUGCAGGGCAUCGAUGUGCGGCCGGGGGGGACCCCCAGGGUGCAGGACCCAGAGAAACGGCACCAGGGAGAGGAGGAAACAGCUGAGGAGCAGCGAAUGGCCGUGCCCCCCUCCCCGCGGCGCCCUGGGAGGCGCCGGGAGCCGCUCCGGGUUUAUCAGAUCCCGCAGCGCCGGGCGCUGACACCGGAGCCACCGCGGAGCCGGGAGGGCGCGGGGGACACCGAGGCCGCCGGUGCCGGUGCCGGUGCCGGUGCCGGUGGUGGCGGCGCGGAGGUGGCCGGGCUGCGGGCGCACCUGCAGCGCUUGGCGGGGAUCCUGCGGGACGUGAGGCGCCAGAACAGCGCCAAGGACGAGCAGCUCCGGGCGCUGCGGGACCGCGUGGGCCGCAUGGAGCGCGCCCUGCCCCUGCCUGCGGACGACGACGACCCCGACCCGGACCCCGACCCCGACCCAGCCCCGUCACCGCCGCCCUCGCCCCCGUCGCGGCUGGAGCUGCUCAUGCAGCGGGACCCCGCGUUCCGGCGCGGCCGCUUGCGCUGGCUGCGGCAGGAGCAGGCGCGCCUCUGGGGGGCGCUACAACCGCCGGCGCUGAGGCCACGCCCCCUGCAGGACCCCGCCCGCCUGCGGUUCCCCUUUAAGAGCAACCCCCAGCACCGCGCCACGCCCCUCGCCGAGGACACGCCCACCGCCGCCGAGGACACGCCCCUUCCGGCCGCCGAAGGGCGGCCCCUAAGCGGGAGGACCCCGCCGCGCAUCCGGCGGCAGCGCUCGGCGCCGGACCUCAAGGCACGGGGCCCCCACGCUUAGAGG